UCAGGUUUUCCUUUUAUCUCUCAAAAUGCCAACAGGAGGCAAAGGGCCCAGCUUCAUCGCGAAUUACGCGCUGAUUCUCCCUCCAUCAACUUGAUCCCCAAAUGUACUUGGGAACCAACUUCUGACUCCAGACAAACGACUGUUAGUUCCAGCUCUUACCUGCCAAUUACAAUACUGUACUUUGGAUAUCCGUGCCAGUCUCUGGAUCAGCCUGAUGAUAAGAUUACAGGACCUGUUUGUUCAGUUCAUUAGCAGAAAUUCGUUCCACCCAGACAGAGCAAGCAGCGGUUUGGGACUCGGGUAAAGGGAGGGAUAUGCCAGGGGCCUGCCGGGAUGGAUUGAUUUUUCUUAUUGGGAACUGGGAAAGGAAAGCACUAUUUCUCUUUCGGGAUCCCCAUUUCCCCUUCCAGUUCCUCUGUUUGGGGCAGACAAUAGAAGCCUCACAGGCCCCCCUCUCCCCGCGCGGGUCCCUGUCGCCCCCUCCUCCCCUCCCCUCGCCCACCGGCUUCCCCAACUCCGGCUCCAGGCAGAGAUUUGUCAGAACCGUUCGGUUGAGACUGAUUAUGAUUGCAGCAGAUGGGCUGGAUCUGACAGCCUGAUCCUAAGCAGCUUCUGAUGGGGGUGCCGCGGAGGGGCGGGGAGGGGGAGAAGGUGGGGGACGGGAAUCUGUGGGACGGAGCCGCCUGCUAGGAGCGCACCGCGCGGCCCCGCCAGGCGCGACGGGGCAGCUGUUUAACGCGCGCCUCCGGGAGGGAAGUGGCACGCGGACCCGAGGGGCCUCCCGGAAGGCCGGGGAAACGUCCAUUGCCGAGAGGGCACCCAGACACCGGGAGGCAGGCGCAGGAAGACCGGCGCAACACAACAAAGCGGAAGAGCGCACGGAGGGCGCUCGGCUGCCGGGCGCUGGUGGGCGGCGGGGCGCGCGUGGCCCCGGCUUCCUCCGCCAGACCCGGACAUGGCAAGUUGGUCAACUCCAAGCUCCGCGGCCAGCGCCUUGCUGCCCCCGAAGUGACAGCACUGCAGGGCCUGCCCACCCCGACCCCGACCCCGACCCGCUGCAAAAUGCUCCACCACCGGCCAGGGAGAAGUUGGCUGUGGCCCGACUGCAGAGAGAAGUUGCCCAAAGGAGAAGUGAGGGGGCCAUGCAUGAGAAGCUGAUACAUGAAUUGGAAGAGGAGAGACACUUACGUCUUCAGAGUGAGAAGCGCUUGCAGGAGGUGACACUGGAGUCUGAGAGGAACAGAAUUCAGAUGCGUGGCCUGCAGCAGCAGUUCUCCAGGAUGGAAGAAACAGUACGAAAUCUACUGCAGAGUCAAGGACCUCCAGAACAGAAAAAAGAAGAAACUGUUAAUAUAAUGGUCUAUCAGGAAAAACUGUCAGAGGAAGAGAGAAAACACAAGGAAGCUUUGGAAGACCGUCACAUGGUGGUAGAUGAGGAUUCAAGGAGUGAAGGCAGCAGUGCAGAUGAGGGGAAAGAAAAGACCAAAUUGCUGUUAGAAAGAUUGAAGGCUCUAGAGGCAGAGAAUUCAGCGUUGGCUUUGGAAAAUGAAAAUCAAAGGGAACAGUAUGAGAGGUGUCUUGAUGAGGUAGCCAACCAAGUUGUGCAAGCUCUGCUCACUCAAAAGGAUCUAAGGGAGGAAUGUGUAAAGUUGAAAACGAGAGUGUUUGAUUUGGAACAACAGAAUCGAACGCUAAGCAUCCUUUUCCAACAGCGAGUCAGACCAACUUCUGAUCUGCUCCUCCAGAAACUUCACUCACGCAUCUUAGAUCUUUCAACCGGGGAUUUGCUCUCAGAUGUGGAAAGAAGCCGGAGUCUGACGCACUCACGAACUGAUGUUGAAAUGCACGAAUGCCAGCUGAACACAAAAUCAGGAACCCCUGCUUUGAAACGCCCUGGCAUGGGGGUUGCCAUCCACGGUCAUCUCUGUACUCGAAGCAGCUGUAGCAGCAGCGAGCUGUCUCUCUCGAGCGCCUGCAGCGAAUACUCCAGCGGCUCCUCCUACACGUGGCAUGAUGGGAAGAACCUCAGGAAAAGGCAGUCAUCACAGAAUUGGGACAAAAGGUUAAGUAUUGACUCUUCGCUCCCGAGUGGCUUUGCUAGUCCCACAGAUGAACUACCUCCGCCUCGCAUCAAGGAAAGCCACAUUUUGGAAGGACUCAGAAAGCUCCAGAAGCGAAAAGUGUUACUUGAACCCCCAUCAGUGAUAACCAAAUGGGGUUAUAAAGAUUGCAUGAACUCCAACGAAGGGAUCUACUCGCCAGCAAUUAAAAGUAGCAGCCUCAAGGAACAUCCCCCCUGCAAACCCACGGACACGGGGAGCCCCUGCAAGGAGCCCCACAAGGCAUUUGCUUACGACACAGAUGCUCACGACGAUGCCGAAGAGGACCCUUCCUCCUUAGCCUCGCUCCAGGCAGUUCCGCACCAGGGCUGCAGGCUGCACGGUUGUAAAUUAACCCACAGUGUUUCUGACAGUCUCUUUGGCUGGGAGCUGAAUGGCAGACACUGUUCAGAAGUCACUUCCUCCGUCCACCCCUGGGAAAGGCCCGAGAAGCUGACCAGUUGUGCUAGCAGCUGUCCCUCGGAGCGGAAGCAGUGCCCAAGUGCGCAGGGGCCUCAGGUACAGAGAGAGAGGGACCCGCACAGCGAGGGCUGCCUGUCUGUCAGUCUCCAGCUCUCAGACACUGAUGACACCGAAACCCUGGAUGAGCUGCACAUAGAGAGCAGUGAUGAGAAAAGCCCUUCCGACGUGUCUUUGACUGUGGACGCCGACAAGUCUGUGGAGAACCUGGACGUCCACGUGGGAUUCGGAAGAUCUCAACGUGGGUCUCCUGAGGAGGAAGAUAAACAAGUGCCCGUCCACUUCGAGAGCAGGCCAAAGACGUUUAGUUUCAUUAAGCAGCAAAGGGUUGUAAAACGGACUUCCUCAGAAGAAUGUAUUACUGUCAUAUUUGAUGCAGAAGAUGGCGAGCCCAUUGAGUUCAGCUCUCACCAGACUGGCCUGGUCACUGUUACCAGAAAGGAGAUUUCCAUCCAUCAGGCCCCUGCUGGGCCCCAGACAGAACACACUGAACUUUUACCUCAGGGAAUUGCUCACUUACAGCCAGGGGCUGCUGCUAGAGACUAUCCUUUCUUGAAGAGAUCUGAAGAGGAAACUGAGAGAAACAUUCCAAGACAAGAAGUAGACGAUGUUGCCGUGACACCCGCUGAAUCCUUCCACCCCGGGACAGUGACGCAAAGCACUCAGCGACAAAGACUGACCAAACCAACCCACGCUCCGUCAUGCCAGAGCCAUUCUAGGUCCUCUGUGGCCACGGGCAUCUAUCAGAAGAAAAGUCUGACAAAAAUACCUACCAGGGGCAAGGCUUCACCUCAGAAAUCAAGGAUAAUGGAGCCUGAAGCCGCCCUCACGGUCCCCUCAGCUGGCCCAGUGCCUCUUGAGAGAUCACCAGCUCCAGGGAAACUCUCACGGUUCAAAAAGUCUGAAGGCCCAGAGCCCCUCUUUGCUUUAACGCCAGAUUCGCACAUUCCAAAACCCUCCACCCAGCUCCCUCACGGCUCCAAAAUCUUCAGCAGAAGGGACUGGGCCCAGUACUCCAGGAGUCAGAUUCCAGCGUCACAGCUGCUGCCCAGGCCCCCCGCCCAGCCGAGUGACGAUGGCGAGCCCCCCACGAGGGAUAAACACUGUGACCCGGGGCCAGAGGCAGGGCUGAGAUCGCCCUCCCUGCCGUCCCCUCCAGGCAGGUCGGUCUCCCUGCUCGCCAGGCCCAGUUACGACUAUCUGUCGCCACCUUCAUGGGCCAAGCCAGAGAGCGGGGUCCCCAGUGAGGCGGCGAGGACAGUAUUGAAAUCCCCCCCUCUGAAAGGAUCCUCUGCUCCAAUUAUUUAUUUUAAUCAGACUGUGACAGAAGUGCAGGGGAAGAAACCUUCUGUGGCCUUCAAAAAGCCAGUCUUCGCUCCCCCUCCGCCCUCCACAGAAACAGCGAUCCAAACCAGAUGUCCUGCUCACAGCCCCUCCAGCUCGUUUGCUGGGAUGGCCCCAGGGCCCCCAAAGGUCUCCCCAAAGAGAAGUGUCCCCAAAACCCCACCUCACCAAACACUUGGGACCACACAAACGGACAUAGGGUUACGGACUCCCAAGAACUGUCCUUCUACCCAUGAGCCACUGGAAAUACCAUCUUCCAAAGGUGUGUCUCCAGCGAGAAAAGGACAGCUGAAUGACAGUGUCUCCACACCCCCCAAGCCUGCCUUCUUAGGGGUAAAUGAGUCGCCAUCAUCUCAGGUUAGCAGUCCCUCAUCAGCACCCUCCAAAAGCCACAACACCCCGCAGGGUUGUCAAAACCCGCAUGAGAGAGGACUGAAAACUCGCCUCCCCGUCGGGCUCAAAGUCUUCAUGAAGUCUCCCCAGUUGCUCAGGAAGAGUUCUACAGUGCCAGGGAAACAUGAAAAAGACAGCCUCAACGAAGCCUCGAAAAGUUCAGCGGCUGUGAGCAAGGAUAAGCCAGGGACCUCCAGGAACGCCAGCAGCCUUGAGACCGCAGGAGGCGAAAGAAGUGCGUCUCCACUGGGUUUACGAGCACAGGAGAGUUUGGCCGAAGGGCUUCCCCUCGAAACAGCAACGCCAGAGUCACUGGAAAGUAGCACGCCUGGGGCCGAUGGAAAAGAUGCGGUAGAAAACAAGUCUGUGAAGAGAUCCCUGUCCUCCAACAAACCGCUGCUAAAACCAGCUCUAGGCAUGAACGGAGCCAAAGCCCGCAGCCAGAGUUUCAGCGCUCACUCAGGGGACAAGCCCCCCACGGCCUCCGUGGAAGGGCCAGGCAAGGUCCGGACUCAGAUUAUUACCAACACUGCUGAGAGGGGCAACUCCCUCACCCGGCAGAGCUCCUGCACGGAAGGCGCUCCCAGCAAGACCGCGUCUGCCCCCGUGUCUGACGGUCUCCCCGGUGCUGGGAGGCCCCUGGGGCAUCCUUCCUCCAGGCAGGGCUCCCUGGGGAGUACAGGCAGCUCCAGCAGCCAGCACGGGAGUCCAAGCAAGUUGCCUUUGAGGAUCCUUCCAAAAUCCGAAGGGCCCCUCGCCCCACCCGGAACAGAAGAGCAGCCGGCCUACGCCCAGGGAGAAGGUGCCAGGGUGACUGCACCAGAGGAAGCAGGCAGCGACCACGGCAGGCGCCCGUCCACCCCAAAAGACGGCCCGGGAGCCCCUCAGAGUCCGGGAAGGACACGGCAUCCCAGCAGUUUUGAAACCAGCAGGACCUCCAAGCUAGAAACUUCUGGAAGGUAUCCAGACACGUCUACAACCAGGACCGGUGUUGUGAGCCCAGAAGCCCCCCUCUCACCCACAAUCGAAGAAAAGGUCAUGUUGUGCAUUCAGGAAAAUGUGGAAAAGGGCCAAGUGCAAACAAAGUCCACCUCUGUGGACGCGAAGCCGAAGCCCGGGCCUUCUUUUGCCAGCUGGUUCGGUUUUCGGAGGAGCAGACUGCCGGCUCUCAGUAGCAGGAAGAUGGAUGUCUCCAAAGCCAAAGCAGAAAAGAAAGAUGCAAAAGGUUUGGGGUUUGGAAACAAACAGCUAAAAUCAGAGAGAAAGAAAGAGAAAAAGAAGCCUGAGCUACAAUGCGGGAUGGAAAACGAACUUAACAGGGACAUCGAGCUGGCAGAUGGUCCCGACAGUGGUUUACAAAACAGAAAUAACCUGAAAACACCGCCAGACAUUUAUGACCAAGUGAAGUUGGUAUCGAGAAAUAGACCCAGCCCUGUUCCGUGUGCAACGAAAGAUACCUUUAUGACGGAACUCCUAAACAGAGUUGAUAAGAAAGCAGCGCAACAGACCGAAAGUGGAUCAAAUAAUGUUUCCUGCAGGAGCGUGUUAAAGGGCAGCUCCCAGGGCUCUUGUGUCCCCGGCAGCUCUAUCGGCACUCAAGGAACCCACAAGAAGAACAUCAAAACCAAAGCAGAUAUGGAAAUACCGAAAGGCUCCCUGAUAAAAGAGGCAAAUGAACACUUGCAAGAGGAUGAAGAAGAUACAGUUGCAGAUUCUGCAUUUCAGAGCCAUACCAUAGAAACGAACUGCCAGAUGAGGACACUGGACAGUGGGAUUGGAACCUUCCCGCUCCCAGACUCAGGAAACCGCUCAGCGGGACGGCACCUGUGCCAAGCAGACUCCCCCGAUGACACUGAGCCCCUCCUGUCUCUCCAGCCAGCCCUUUGUGCAGCUUCUUCCAUAAGAGCCCAGACCCUUGAACGAGAAGUGCCUUCCUCUGCAGACAGCCGGGGAUCUAAAGACAACACCAUUGUUCAUUCCACGUCCGACCCCAUCAUGACUGCCAGAGGGAUGCGACCUCUUCAGAGUCGCCUCCCCAAGCCAGCCUCCUCAGGAAAAAUCAAUUCCCAAAUGCAGAGUGAAGCCAGGCCAAGGCCUCAGACUUGUUCAUCGUUCGAAUAUGCUGAAAACACAACGGCGGUGGAGAGCAAGCCACUUCUAGCCUGGGGGGGGGACAGCGCUGCUGCGGAGACCCAGAAAUUGAAACAAGUUGAAGAAACAAGAGAAGACCCUGAGAAUAGAUUACGUAAAAUUUCCCUGGAGUCAUUCAGUAAAUACAACGGCAAUACUGUGAUCUUAUUAGAAAAAGAGACGAACUCUCUGAACAAGGUUGAAGGACAAAAGGAAGAAAAAGAAAAAAAUGAAGAGGCCUCUUUGAGUAACUCUGAUAGGCCUGGGGUAGACAAUUUGGAAUCUUUGAGUGAUUCUUUAUACGACAGCUUCUCUUCCUGUGCAAGUCAGGGUUCAAAUGAUGUGUAAAGGACUUAUUUCCCCUUAGUGAGCUGGAAAUGGAGCACUUAAGAAACAGGGCUGGGAAGCGGGGCAGGUAGAGAUGGCAACGAAUAAACUAUUGCAGUACCAGGGCCGCCACUGUCAGAUUCACAGCCAGCAGCCCACCGGAGCUUACUUCCCUGACAAGGCAAUAAAGAUAGACUCUACUUGCUGUGUUCCGUGAGGAUUAAAAGUAAACACACCCAGGAUACACAAGUCUUAAUUUUGCACUUUUCUUUUGAAAAAGAAGUUGUACAGAAGUUGUAAAUUUUUUUUUGGAAAAGAAAUUAUAUUUGUAGCAAAAAAACCUUAAAAAGACAGCAAUACAUUGAAUCAGUGCCACGCUCUUGAAAUGAUGCCCUAAGUCUUAGAAGUUGAUAAUAUAUUUUUGAAAAAUUCCAACUCCAGUUUUUGUUCAGGGCACUGUCCUAGCCCUCAGAUUGUUUGAUGGUACACUCUGUAAACAGAAAACAGGGCCUGCUGAAAAACCAGAGGGCUGUCUCUCAUCUCCAUCUCAUAAUCUCAAUUCGAUAGAAACUUUAAUCCCAGUGCAAUUUCCAAAUUGUUGCCAGAGAGAUUCAGGUUCUAGUAAUAAGUAUAAUUCUGCUUCUACUGAAAACUGUAGAGGAAGGUACUCAAGUGUGACACUGAUCAGAAGCUAUUUGUAUCAGAGACGACGUAAUUCUACUUUCCCUCCAAUCAUUUCCUUACAUCCUCUUCUACUUAGUGGUUCUCUGCAAUUCUCAACAUUAUCUGUUGAUUUUUAUCUUCUGGCUCUUUUGAUUAAAACCUGGUCAAUCUAUAAAUCAAAGUAAAUUCCUGUUUGCAAUGUUCACUUUGUAAAAAAUAAAAUGGUGCUAUGAAAAAUUCUUACUUUUUAAUAUCCUUUUUUCCUAUAAAGUCUGUUUAUAUGUAAGGAUAAAUUCUAUUUUAAAGGUUACCGUGUAUUUUUUCUAGAUGCGAACUAUUUAUAAUUGCUUUUGUACAGGAGCUUGUAAACUAGGCAUAACAGAUAUUUUUAGGAUCUAUAUGGAUACUUUAGUACACACUUGUUUCUUUAAAGAGUAUUGUAUGAUCAGUGUUAUUUGGUUAAUUUGUGCAAUUUGUUAUAUUUGAAUUUUGUUGUCUUAAAUGAAAAUUAUGUCAUUGUCUUUCAGACUUUUUAAGAUUCUUUUGUUUCAUUUCUGAAUAAACGUCAUAUCACA